AUGAGCGGACGCCUCACCAUCUUCAACGAGCCAAUUGCCCCCUGGGCAGACGCCAUGGUGCACUCGGCGUUGCUAAAAAGGGCAUCCGCCGCAGUGCGACCAAUGGCGCACGUUCUCACUUCGUCACAGGUUCAUCAACUGGGGCUUUCUGUGAGGCCCGAGUAUCUUUUGGAUGCCAUACUGCCGGAGGAGGCCUUGUGGAGUACGAUGCAUGCGGGCUUUGCGCGGGCAGUUCUCGUUCACUCCGAGCGUUGGAGAAAAAUUAAUAGACGCCGCGGAGACGUGCCCGUCGUUGUGGACAUCACCGCACCUGCUCUUUCUGCCAGGGGCGUUGCCCUCACCACCUCAGAGGAGACCUUGAGUACGCUGGGUAGAAUAGCAAAAGAGCAUGGCUAUGAAACGCCCUUUUGGCUUACUCGAGAGGAAAUCAUGUACUUUGUUUUCUCACAUGGAAGAGUGCGGACGUUUUUAAAUUUUGAUGCAUCUCGUUUUCCGGGUCCUUUGCGUGCUGGCGAGUCCAUUCCCUCCGUGGAGGUGGAAAAUGAUCGGGGGGAAAUAUGCCGCGUCAUGAAUGUAUCCGAGUUUCUCAAGAGGGUGGCCCCCAGUGCGAGUGGCGUGAACCGUUACGGUCUAUUUCAUUGUUUUCGUCAGUUUGUGCCCAUCAACGUUCUCACGAAGCGCAGGUUUUCUCAUGACGUUGAGGAUGCACUCCGAAAGUGUAGCAUUUCAUUUGGCUGCUGGUGCUCUGUUUGGGGAACAAUUCAUGAUUACAAAAAAUUGGGCUUUGAGGUACUGGAUGGCCCACUAGGCGUGUGGGUGUUUGACGAAUUGGACUCUCCCAUGUAUCUCACAAGCGCCUUUUCCUGCACGAAUCCAAAGGCAGUCUUUUCACACGUAUAUCCUAAUGACCUCAUCGCCUUCAGAUAA